AUGGCUUCCACCGGGGCGGACAAAAAUCUCGACGUUGCUGUGCAACAUGACGAGCAUAUCAAGAACGAAGGUCAACUCACGCCGCCGCAGCGCGAGCUCAUCGAUUAUGAGCCCCAGGCGGAAAAGAAACUCGUGCGCAAGAUCGACGCGAGACUCCUACCAAUCCUCGGUGCCCUUUACUCCAUCGCUUUGGUCGAUCGGGUCAAUAUUUCGGCAGCUCGCAUCUCUGGCAUGGAAGAAGACCUCCAACUCUACAUUGGCGAUAGGUAUACCAUCGCACUGGUUGUUUUCUUUCCCCCGUAUAUGCUCUUUGAGCUGCCGUCAAACAUCGUUCUAAGGAAGGUCGGCACCGCAAAUUGGCUUGGUUUUCUUGCCUUCGCGUGGGGAACUGUGAUGUUGGGACAGGGGUUUGUGACUAACUACUCGGCGCUUGCCGCCUGUCGGUUCCUAUUGGGAUUCUUUGAGGCUGGUUUCUUUCCUGGUUGCGCGUAUCUCAUCACUUGCUGGUACGUGCGUUACGAGGUGCAACAGAGACUCGCCUGGUUCUAUUUAGUCUCCGUCUUGGUUGGAGGGUUCUCUAAUCUUCUGGCUUACGGCCUCAUUCAAAUGCAAGGUCUGCAGGGGCUGAACGGAUGGCAAUGGAUCUUUAUCAUCGAAGGCCUCAUCACCCAACUUGUCGCCAUUGGCGCGUGGUUCAUCAUCGUCGAUUUCCCAGACAAAGCUCAUAAGAAGGGUCUGCUCACCGAGCGCGAAGCCGCCUUCAUCGCACAGCGCAUCGAGGUUGACCGCGGUGAUGCCAAACCCGACCCCCUUACUAUGGAACGCUUCCUGUUCCAUCUGAAGGACUUCAAGCUCUGGACCUUCGGUUUGAUGUUCAUGUGUACGACGAUGCCCGCCUAUGCACUUGCAUACUUCGCACCCGUCAUCGUCUACAGCAUGGGAUACAGCGUGGGCGUCACACAUCUGCUUGGUAUCCCACCCAUCAUCUUCGCGGUCAUCGCGUCUCUGAUCAUCAGUUGGGCAAGUGACAAGUAUAAGAAGCGUGCACCCGCCAUCGCCUUCCAGGCCAUCAUUUGCAUCGUCGGCCUCAUGAUGACAGCCUACGCUUCCUCCAACAUGGCCCGCUACUUCGGCCUCUUCUUCGGCUGGGCCGGCUGCCAAGGCAACAUCCCCUCCAUCCUGGCCUAUCAAUCCAACAACAUUCGCAUGCAGUCCAAGCGCUCCGUCGGCAGCGCCCUGCAGAUUGGCUUUGGUGCCAUCGGCGGCAUCAUGGGCAGCACGGUCUUCCGCCAGCAAGACGCGCCUCGCUACGUCACCGGUCUGUGGGUCACGGCGGGCUUGCAGAUGUUGAUUCUGCUGCUGUUGACUGGCAUGACUCUGUACUUCAUCAGGAUGAAUAAAAGGGUGGAGCGGGGGACGCUGGCGAGGCCGUUGGAGGGGCAAGAGGGCUUCAAGUUUACGCUUUGA